AUGCGCUCCCAGUGGCAGACUCGUGACGCGCACGCUCGCUUCGCUAUUCGCAACUCCCUACCGCUAGACGAGCGCGAGCACUUCGGCCAGUGCAAGACUGCUAAGGAACUGUACACAGCCGUAGUUGCUCGUUACUCCUCACCGGCUUCUGCUACACUAGGCCGCCUCUCACUGCCCUACCUGUUCCCCGAUCUGGCCUCCUUUCACACUGUUGCUGACCUCAUCACCCACCUCAAGACUAGUGAGGCCCGCUUUCGCGCUGCUAUGCCUGCCGAGUUCCUUGCUACCAACCCCCCCCCCCUCUGGCUCACUCUCUACCACAUUGUUACCCGCCUCCCUGACUCUCUGCGCGCAGUCAGGGAUUCCUUUCUAGCUCGCUCCCCUACUGAGCUCACCAUUGCCCUCCUCGAGAAGGACCUACUUGCAGCUGAGGCGAGCAUCGUCGCCGUAGGUGCCUCUCGUGGCGAGCCCCGCACCCCCUUCUUUGAGGGGUGUUCCCCUUCCCCCCUUCUCCCCUCUGUCGCCUCUGCUGCUGCUGUCGACCUUCUUGGUGCUGAGAAGGUCGGGACCGCGUCUGCUCCGAGCGGGCGCCGCAGGAGCAAGGGGGGCAAGGGUGGAGGUGGUGGCGGGGGAGGCGGGGGUGGUGGCGGUGGGGGUGGAGGUGGGACUGGAGAGGCUAGUGGCGGCAGUGGGGAUGCUGACAGCAGCGGCGGGAGCAGUGGCAGGGGCGGAGGCGGCAGCGGAGGCGGAGGUGGUCGUGGCGGCGGCAGGGGUGGAGGUGGCCGAGGCGGUGACGGCGGCGGUGGUGGUCGUGGAGGCGCUGGCGGUGGCCAGAGCCAACAGCACGCCCCGUCGCUCCAGGAGGCACGUGAGUGGUACUCGCAGCGGGGGGGGGGGGCGGGUGGCUUUACCUGCACGUACGUCAUCCGCACUGGUGACCGCACUGGCCAGACGUGUGGGAGGCCGCACCCCACGCACCGCUGUUUCUCGCGCCUUACCGACGCUUGGCGCGCUCAGUUCCCUGGCGGCGCUGAGCUUCCCCGCUGGGGUGAUCUGGAGAGGAAGGGAGUUGAUAUCUGGGCCUUAGACUUUGAUGCUAUUCUCACUGCCAUGUAUGCGAUGUUUACUAGUGGAGAGGGUGCUCAGUACUUGCGUGUUCCGCCCGACCCGGGCAUUCUGACCAGUCCGGCUGCCGCUCUAGGUGCUAGUGAGUCUGCUGCCCCAGGUCCUGGUGAGGCUGCUGCUCUAGGUGCUCGUGAGUCGGUCCCCCCUGGUACUGAGUCGACUGCAGCACUUCACACCUUCACACUGGACUCUGGUGCUUCUCGCUGUUUCUUUCGUGACCGCACUGUCCUUGAGCCACUCACUCGGCCAGUUGCUGUCUCCCUCGCUGACCCCUCUGGGGGUCCGGUCGUGCGCUCCAGGACGGGGGUGUUCACCAGUUCACCCCUGCAUACGAGCGCGUGA